GACGCGAGGGACCUCCUUCGAGAAACAGAGCGCGGUCCCAUCUACCAGGGGCUCGCCAGCCAACCUUCCUCACCUCGCUGCACCCCCAUCCCAUCCGUGUACACACACAAACGCUCGCUGACCCCACGCAGAUCCAAAGCAGAAAUCAAAACAUACCAGUUCCUCAUCGUCAUAGAAAGGAGGAAGAAGCGGGUGAGAAAUAAAAACGUCUCUUUUCACUGUCCUGCCCGUUUCUGCAGCUUUGUUUCUAGGCCCAGGUAUUUCUCCCGACCUGCGCUGGACACGGCAGGUGGCGCCUGAACAGGGACCUGAGUACGGGAAGACGGGAAGACGCGAAAGGGGAGCCUUUGUUGGAAGAGAUGGUGAUGGGCCUAGGACCCCUAUUAUUGGUCUUCAUGAUGGGUCUGGGUCUAACCCUGCCCACCCUGGCUCAAAAUAACUACAGGUACCAACACUUCCUGACCCAGCACCGUGAUGCCAAUCCAAGUGGCCGAGAUAAGAAAUACUGUGAAAGCAUGAUGGCGAAACGAGGCAUGACUACACCCUGCAAAGAUCGCAACACCUUUAUUCAUGCCACCAAAAAAGAAAUUAAGGCUGUCUGUGAAGAUAAGAAUGGAACACCUUACAAUGGAGCAUUCAGAAAAAGCAAGACUCCCUUCCAGGUCACCAUUUGCAAGCAUACGGGAGGAUCCCCCCGGCCUCCCUGCUAUUACAAAGCCACAUCAGGGUCCAGAGACAUUGUUCUUGCCUGUGAAAACGGCUGGCCUGUCCACUUUGAUGAGUCCUUCUACCGUCCAUAACUAGCAGGCCACCGGCCCAGAGUGGCUUUGCACUCUUUUCCUUGCAUUUCCCUCUGCAUACUCCGGAAGAGUGAUGGCGACAUUCAUUGCCAAGGGCACAGAAAAUGAGCUGCCUGGAUCUUUUGUUUUCUGUUUUACAAUAUGUUUAAUAAAUAAAAAUGCCUCUGAAAUUA